AUGUUGUCAAGACAUGUCAACCCGGACGACAUCGUCAGCCACCUCCGAGAGGUCACCCCGGGCCUCGCACACCCGGCCAGCCGCCCAAGUCGACACACGACCCCCUACUCGUCCAAAUACACGGCCCAAGACCCGAUCCCCAAGUUCCGCAUCCCCGAGGACGGCGCCUCGGCCGACACCGUGUACCAGAUGAUCCACGACGAGAUGAACCUCGACGGCAAACCAGACCUGAACCUCGCGAGUUUCGUCGGCACGUGGAUGGAGCCCAACGCCACGGCCCUCAUGAACGAGAACAUGAACAAGAACCUCGCCGACGCGGACGAGUACCCCGCGCUGAUGCGGAUCCACGAGCGCUGCAUUAGCAUCCUGGCGAACUUGUGGGGCGUGCGCGAGGGGGAGAAGGCGGUCGGAUCGGCGACGACGGGGUCUUCGGAGGCUAUUCACCUCGGUGGGUUGGCGAUGAAGAGGAGGUGGCAGGAGAGGAGGAGGAAAGAGGGGAAGGAUACGUCGAGGCCGAAUAUUCUUAUGGGGGCCAAUGCGCAGGUUGCGCUGGAGAAGUUUGCGAGGUAUUUUGAGGUCGAGCCGAGGAUUUUGCCUGUGAGCGAGGGGAGCCAUCAUCGGUUGGAUCCGGAGCUUGUGAAGAAGAAUAUUGACGAGAAUACUAUCGGUGUUUUCGUUAUCUUGGGAAGCACUUUUACCGGCCACUACGAACCUGUCGAAGAAAUCUCCAAGAUUUUGGAUCAGUACCAGGAGGAGACCGGGAUCGAUAUCCCGAUUCAUGUCGAUGGAGCAUCCGGAGCCUUCAUAGCCCCCUUCACCUACGCUGGCGCGGGUGGUCCCAAGUGGAACUUUGAACUUCCCCGAGUUGUAUCCAUCAACACCUCCGGCCACAAAUUCGGCCUCGUCUACGUCGGCCUCGGCUGGAUCAUCUGGCGCGACGAAAAAUACCUCCCCGACAGCCUCGUCUUCAGCCUCGACUACCUCGGCGGCACUGAGAAGAGCUUCACGCUCAACUUCUCGCGUCCGGGCGCCCAGGUCGUCCUGCAGUACUACAACCUCAUCCACCUCGGUUUCGCGGGUUACCGCGAGGUCAUGGAGAACUGCCUGCGCAACGCUCGCCUGCUGUCGCGGGCCCUCGAGGAGACGGGUUGGUAUACCGUCGUCUCGGAUAUCCACCGUCCCGUGGAGAACAGCAGGGAGAAGGUCGCUGCAUCGCUGGAGAAUCGGGAGGCGUAUGCCUUGAAAACACAGGCCCGGCGCACCUCCCUCUCAGGCAUGUUUGAUGACAUCACGUCGGCGGAUUACGUUGCGGGAUUGCCCGUCGUGGCGUUCCGUUUUAGCGACCGCUUCCAGAAGCAGUUCCCUUAUGUGAAGCAGGAGUCCGUCUCGUUGAUGAUGAGGGCGAGGCAGUGGAUUAUCCCUAAUUACUGCCUGCCUAGCAACGAGAGCAAUGUCCAGAUUCUUCGAAUCGUUGUGAGGGAGAACAUGUCGCUCGACUUACUUGAGAAGUUGGUCGAGGAUAUCUGCAUGGUGACGGAGGCAUUGAUGGAGAGUCGCGAUCGCGAUCGCGACAUGGAAGGACACAUAGGGGUCGACCCUUGCCUUCCCGUCAAAAUCUCCUACCAACACCUUGUUUCGCGACGAGGGGUCGAGACCGUCGAGCUGGGCAAACCUACGCGGUUAGGCGCAUUUGGAGGGUCACAAGGAAGCAGUCAAUCGAGUGGCAGAAAUUCCAACCAAAGGAAUAAUAACUCGCCAAGCGUCGACGUCGGUGGCUUCGCGGGGUCAACAUCACCAUCAUCCUUCUCCUCCUCCUCCUCCAGCACCUCAACGGGUCAAUCCACAUUUGGAUCGUCCUCAUCAACAUCCUCCUCUCCAACGAGUUCCACAUCUGCUGCAAGCAGUCAGCAACAGAAUAAUGCCGGCAAAAAUGGAUGGCAGAGACUUCCUGUCGGGGCCCAGAUCUUCAUCAUCCUGGGAAUAGUCCUGGUAGCGAUGUUCAUCAUUGGCCUCUUUAGCGUUGUCCUUAGGAAGAGACAGGAGAUGCGCAGAUUCAACCGAGAUGUGUCUUUCAAAAAGGUGCUUUGGGAGAGUUUUAAGUCGGUAACAGGGAUCGCAUGCCUAAUGAGGAGAUUCGGGAAAGGCUCAAAGGACAAAAGCAACGGUGGCAGGGCAUUUUCAUACGACAAGGUCAACCGUCAGUCGUACGAGGAAAGCAUUGCGACGCGCGACUCCUUCAUCGAAUAUGGCGGCGAACGCUGGUAUGAUCCGAAUGCGCCUCCGCGUCCACCACGACGCGAACGACACAAACGGCCUUCACGAUAUGAUCCGGACUUCCCCGGACACAGCAGGACUGUCAGCUCGGUCAGUGCGGUUUCGGAGAGGAUUGUGCCUCCUUGGGAGCAACCGCUUCCUCAUCGAGCCCCAUGGGAGCUUUCGGCAACCAGCCCUAGCGUAUCCCCAGCGUCGUCGAUUUCACAUCCCCACGAGCUGGAGGUUUCACACCUCUCUGAGCUGGCGGCUUCCCCGGUAACAAAACCACCUACAGUGGCUCAAUCAUCGAAUGGAGGAAGUGCUUCGACGACCGACGAAGCAAUAGCCAAGUUGGUUAAGGCGACCGUUGCCUCCCCUCGCCGGGAGGGCUUGGGCUCGAAUCCUAUCGCGCCCAAGUUCUACGCCAGACUGCGGGUAGAGCACUUCGGCGGCUGGCUGCCGGCUCUGUCUCUCUCUCCGACUUCGUCUCCCCCUUUUGCCCGAGGAGACCCGACUGCAUCGUUUCCCUCUUCCUAUUUUCCUUUCCCUUCGAGUAUUGAGAUCGCCUUCAAAGCAUCGACGAUGGCGACACCGGCAGAUCCGCAGUGGAGGAGGAAGGUGUUGAAGGUCAUUGUGAUUUCUCUGCUUCUUGACUUGAUCUCCUUCACCUUCAUCCUCCCGCUCUUCCCGAAGCUCCUCGAAUACUACCGCGACCGCGAAGCUGCAACUCCACUAACAGACGGUGCAUCCGCGAGCCUCCUUCAAACAGUCCUCGACUACCUCAACCGGUACAAGGCCGCGUUUGCCCGCAAGAUUGAUUCAAGAUAUGACAUUGUCCUGCUGGGCGGCGCAAUGGGGAGUCUCUUCUCUCUUCUCCAAGCGAUCGCCUCCCCCCUCAUCGGCAAGCUUUCCGACAAGUACGGAAGACGCGCGGCGCUCCUCGCGAGUAUGUGCGGCAACAUCCUAUCCGUGCUUCUCUGGGUCGUAGCCAUCGACUUCCGUACCUUUGUCGCAUCCCGAGUCGUCGGCGGUCUCUCGGAGGGCAAUGUUCAGCUUGCAACAGCCAUGGCUACAGAUAUCUCAGACGAAAAGUCGCGCGGAUCCACGAUGGCCCUCAUCGGUGCCUGCUUCUCCGUUGCAUUCACCUUUGGCCCCAUGCUCGGAGCUUACCUCUCGUCCAUCGAGACCGUAGCUCGGAACCCUUUUGCGACGGCGGCCGGCGUCUCUCUAUUCCUCAUCGUUGCCGAGACUCUCUAUCUAUACCUUUACCUCCCCGAGACUCUGCCGGCACUGACAGGGCAAGACGAGAAGAAACCCACGGCCAACGGAAAGGCGAAGCCGAAGACCCAGACGAAGCGCACGAACUCGCGCGUUCUCCUCUACGCCAUCCACUUCGUCUUCCUUCUCUUCUUCUCUGGAAUGGAAUCGUCCCUCUCCUUCAUGACCUACGACUUGUUCGGCUUCACCUCGUCCAAGAACGGCCGUCUCCUCGGCUUCGUUGGUCUGGUAGCCUCCAUCCUCCAGGGAGGCGUGACUCGGCGCCUUCCGCCCCUCACCGCGGUCCGCGUAGGUGUGCUUGCGUGUCUCGCCGCGUUCGGCCUCCUCGCCCGACUCCAAACCGUUUCGAUGCUCUAUGUCGCGGCGACUUGUCUUGCCAUGACCUCGGCGACGGUGGUGACGGGUCUCAAUGCCUUGAGUAGCUUCGAAGCCGGCGAGGGCGAGAGGGGCGGUAAGCUUGGGAUGAUGCGCAGCUGGGGCCAGCUCGGGCGCGGACUUGGCCCGGUGCUGUUUACCAGUGUGUAUUGGUGGGCUGGGAGAGAGGUUGCGUACCAGCUCGGGGCUACGGGUAUAGCCGUGGUGCUUGUUGCAGUGUUUGCCGGGCUGAAGACGCCCCCUGGUACUAAAGUAAAUCAAGGGAAGACGGCUUCUGCAAAGGAGCUUUGA